UUAAAUGCGAUUAUCACGCAGAUUGUACCGUUUCUGUCCCAAGAGCAUCAACAGCAAGUACUAACAGCAGUUGAACGAGCUAAACAAAUUACAAUGUCUGAAUUAAAUAGUGUGAUAGGGCAACAACAACGUCCUGAUUUACCUAGGUUAUUACAACAGAUGCAUGCUCAACAAAUUCCAGGUGCCCAUGGAGCGCCUCCGAUACCUGUUGGUAUGCCUCAUCCCAGCCUUGGACCAGGAGCACUAGGAGGUCCAUUAGCUCUUGGUAGCACGCCUCCUCAACAUCCGUUGGCAAUACUCAACAAACAGGAACUUCACAGACCCGAAGAAUCCAAAAGCAGUAAUAGUAAUAUAAUGCCAUUGGAUGAUAGACACAGAAGCUCAAUUUCUCCUUCAGAUCGCGAUAAAUAUCGCCCAAGAACACCAGAAUCUACACAUGAAUUGAAGAAGGUUAAGAAAGAAGAAAAAGACUUGGGACAUUCUGAUGGAGAAAAGUCGGAUCAGGAUUUAGUGGUGGAUGAUGCAUCUGAGACCAAUCCAAUGAGUCCAAUACCCAAUCAACAUCAUAAUGGAACAGCAUCGCCCCGUGAAAAUGGUAUGAUGCAAAAGAAGCUUGACGUACAGGACAGAGAUCGAAUUGGGACACACUCACCGCGAUCAGGUACAUCUUCGAAUGCAUCGACGCCUUCUAACAAAAAAUUAGAUGACAAACCACCCACACCUAUUGCAAAACCAGCUACCCCUACCAACUCGGUAGCAAGCAACGGCGUUCCGAAGGUUGUAAAUAAACCACCUGUUAUAAAUCCUGGAUAUCCACCAUACCUUGCCGGUCCGUUGAAUGGUGCCUCACACGAUCUUCAAGCAGCUGCUGCUGCCGCUGCAUAUGGCGGCCCGGUGUGCACAAUAACCUUCCACAUUCACUAAACAACUACGCCCGCGCUCCGUUGGCGUUUGAUCCUCAUUCUCAGAUGCGUGCUCCUCUGGGUCCGAUUGGAAUUCCGGGUGGAAAACCUGCAUAUUCUUUUCAUGUGAACGCUGAAGGC